GGAAGAAGUUCAACUGUUAUCAAAAACAAAUGAUUAUGAACUAUGUAAUGAAUAUCUUACAAAUUACAUAAUACAGUUAAACGAACAAAUUAAUCAAUAUCAAACAGAACUUACAACUCAACUUAGUUCAUAUUCAAUGGUACCACUAUCAGUCGAUCAAGUUGAUAGUUGUUUAAAAGAAUAUGUCGAUCAUCAACGACACUAUUUAUUAACAAAAAAUAAUAAACAACUAGCUAAACUUCAAGAUGAGAUUCAAGCAAAUAAAUUAUAUGAAACGAUUAUGACUUCCUAUCCUAAUUUAAUUUCAAAUCAAUUCAUUGAUCAGUUAAUUAGUAUACGACAGAAGCAAACACAAGUUUUGGAAGAACUUCUUCAGUUAGAAAUGCGAAUUCUUUAUAAAUUUUUACCACCUGAACUUGAUCAGUUAGAAAAUGUGGUUGCACCUAUUACUUAUAUACCGUUGAAUAAUGAACAUAAAACUAUUGAAUUGAAUAAUAAACGUCAUAAAAUGAUACAAGAUGCAAAACGUCAUAAAAUGAUACAAGAUGCAAAACGUCAAUGGUUACAUAUUUCGUUAUCUGUAUAUGAAACUAAAUUACAAGAAUACAAUCAUCAAUUAGAAUCGAUAUUAUUAAAUAAUACAAGUCUUCAAGGUACAUCUCUAUUAAAUGAUAUUAGUCGAUAUGUAACAUAUCGAACAAAUGAAAUGAAACAAUCUAUUUCAAGCAGAAUGUCUAUUUUCCGUAAUAAAUUAAUUCAACAUCGUAAACAACUAUCAUUGAAAAAUAAUUUUAUUGGUGUAUCACCUGAACCAUAUCUCGAUUUAAUAUCAAAUCCAUUUAAUAAACGUGAAUGGCAAUAUCUUUCACUUGGUCCAUCAUAUAUACGAACAAAUCAAAGUGCAAUUCGUCCUCGACAACAACAAGAAACUGAAAUUAAAAAUGAACAUAAAGACAUAUUUUCUAAAGUUCCAAAUAAUCUUACAGAAUAUCAUCAUGUACCAAGAACGCAUGCAAUUUUUGAAGAAUAUGGGAAUCAACUUCUUAAUUAUUUCAACAGUUGUUAUUUUACUCCCUUACCAUACAAAGAUCAUAUUGAAGC